AAAAAUCAGGCAAAUGGAAAGCGCUCUUUUCAGCGUGUGGGACAGUUCGCUGGGCUAAGGCUGGGUAGAGAUGUACAAGGGUUACGGAGAGGGAAGGGCACCUGCUCCCGGGAGUCAUCGGCCCUCCACUCUGCGCCCAGGGACGCAGCAGCAGAAGUACCCGUCUGAUCCCGGGGCCGGCAGCAGCAGUGCCGCCAGUGGCUUUGUCCCCAACCUCAACACCAUCACCACCAGCCAAGACCUACAGUGGAUGGUUCAGCCAACCAUCAUGGGCGCCUCACCAGGGUUUCCCCCUUACCCACGACCCUACCGUUGCCCGCAUUAUGCUCCUGGCAUUCGGCCGGGUGUGAUCCGCACUGCCGGGCCAAUCCUGACACCGCGGAGGCGUCAUUCAGAGCAUCUGACACCCGAAGAGGAGGAGCGACGGCGGCUGCGGAGGGAGAGGAACAAGCUGGCAGCAGCCAAGUGCCGGAAUCGGCGGAAGGAAUUAACAGACACCUUGCAAGCUGAGACGGACCAGUUGGAGGCUGAGCAAUCUGGGCUGAAGAAGGAGAUUGCGGAGCUGCAGAAGCAGAAGGAGCGGCUGGAGCUGGUCCUGGAGGCUCAUCGGCCGGCCUGCAAAGUCCCUGAGGAGUCCUCGGGAGAAGAGGAAGAGGGCCAAAGCCGGCCGGAGACCCUCGCCCAGCUUCCGGUCAAGCGGGAGUCCCCGCCGGGCCCCAGCGCCCCUCGCCGAGCGGCUCCAGUGCCCCCCAGCAUCACUUUGCCCCCCAGCGGCCUGCUGGAGCCCGAGGCUCUGCACACCCCAACCCUGAUGGCCACGCCGUCCCUCACCCCCUUCACCCCAAGCCUGGUCUUCACCUACCCCACACCGGGGGACCCCGAUGGCCCCUCCAGCUCUGGCUUCCUGCACGAGGCCUGCUCCUCUGCCCACCGGCGCAGCAGCAGCAGCGGCGACCAUUCCUCCGAUUCCCUCAACUCCCCCACCUUGCUGGCACUCUGAGGACCAGGAGGGACCCUCUGGCUCUGGGGCAGGACAGUCCGGAGAGCGUCACCUCCAGACCGCUGCGGUUUCUAGGCAGCUUCUGCCCAGAGUUGGGGUUUUUGUUUUUGGCUGCCAACGGCUCUCCUGGACAUCUGUAUACAUACCUCGUUCAGGGUCCUUGCCUCCUCUGCUGGCCGGAGACCUCGCAGGCCUCUCGUUCUGCUGCGUGUGCCCAAGUGCUUGGAGUCAAGUUGCCGGUCCUCAAGAGGGACCAGACCAUCUCCCCCCCCCCCACCUACCAGAACUCAAGUCAUUCCUUGUUUCUCCUCGCUGGUGGCCAAAGCAGGACAGCCAUCUCUUUGUGGGGUGGGCUCUAGUUUGGGAUUUCCUGCUUCGGUCAGGGGGGUAGAACUCGAUGGCCUCAAAGGCCCCCCCUCUCCAAUUGUUUUAUGACUUUUCACAACACUUUUUAAAAAAACCAACAACCCUUACCCUUGAUCUCCUAGUGGUUUUAGAAUAAACAAGCCUUUUACUGUGCACCUUUCCACUUUCUUUUCACAAACUAUUGUAGAAUUUGCUUUCUUCAAAGCCAAGCAUAGAAACAUUGAUGUUAAUCUUCCGUGAACCACCAAAGACUGAUCUCUGUGCCCAAAAUUAUUUCCCAUCUCCUGGAUGAGGUGGGAUACAGUUAUGUCGCCCAGGGGUGGAGCCGGUUGAAGACAGAUAUUUUUUAUCAUAAACUCACACGUCACACUGCUUUGCCUUGUCUUAACGUCUCAUUUAAUUAAUCUGGGUGUGUUGUCUUGCUCUUCUAAGAGGGUGCAUCCUUUGUCAACAAAGCCUGUGGCAAAAUGAAGGCAGCAACUUCAUUGGUCCGGAACAAUUAUCCUGCUAAAGAUGAACAGGAGGAGUGCUUGCUGUGCUGUGGGGAGGGCAGGAGAGGAAUCCUCUGUGAAUUUAUCAGGCAGCUGAUCAAAAUCUCCUUUUGUGGAAGGGAUUUUUCUGAGGAAAAGUACAGGGAGCCUUAUGGGCUCUGUGGAAUCCAGAGAAUCUGGAUCUGUUUAUCCUGGGUACAGGAAAGUUUGCUCCAUGGCUUUGUAGAAUUGAAAAGCUUGGGCUUCCUAGAAGACAAACACCAAAGUUGCUAGUCCACAUGAGUCGCAGGUUAAAAAUAGAGAGCGGAGUCAAAAUUCCUCAGACACUUUAAAAAUAACGUCUUGGAGUUUAUUUUUCUUGCCUCCUUGGAAAAGGUCACUUUGAGGAUUUCUCCCAAAAUAUUGUCUGCCACCCCCCCCAUUUCUCUCCCACAAUGCCCUGGGACAGUGCUAGUUCUGGAGCAUUAUGGGGGAUGUAAAAUGGUAACCCGGGUGCCCACAGUUGGCAAACAAGAUAGAAGUUCUGGUACUGUUGUGUGACUGGUGAACCCCAAAUCCCGAGAAACAGGAUCUCACCUCUACCUGGAGAAAUUCAGUGAAAU